AUGGCGUGGAAGAAGAGAAUGGGCGCCGCUGUCAAGCAUCAGCGCUACGUACAGUGGGGAUUCGGGAUCUCGACGCUCGCGAUAUUCCUGUCCAUCCCGAUCUUUCUUGCUGGAUCAGCCAUUUACAGGAACAAGAUCCCCUCCGAGUCGCUCACGACCAUUUUCAAGGUUUCGGUUGCUGCUACGCUCAAUCCCUGCAAAUCCAGGAACACAAGCAAUGCCAUUGCAAGCAUGAACACGAGCCCUGCUUAUGCAACAACGCAGACGGCCCCACGCAAACAGGAAGCAUUCGAAGCAGGAGCAGAAGAUGACCAGAAAUCAAAAGAGGCGAAACUUGCCUCGAAUGGAAGCUUGAGCUUCCUGAACAGAGCAGUGACAAGCAAGCCUAUCAACCGGUCACUGGAGUGCAGCGUCCAGCAAGUCGAGGACGUCAAGGUUGUCCUGAAACUCCUCCCCGUCUUCGCCUGCACCAUCAUACUCAACUGCUGCUUGGCCCAGCUCUCCACCUUCUCGGUCCAACAAACGUCGACCAUGGACACCAAACUGGGCUCCCUCGAGGUCCCGCCAGCCUCCCUUCCGAUCUUCCCCAUCCUCUUCAUCAUGAUCCUCGCCCCGGUCUACGACCACUUCAUCAUCCCCUUCGCGCGGCUGGCCACCAAGACCGAGACGGGCAUAACGCACCUGCAGAGGAUGACCAUGGCGGUGGCCGCCCUGGUGGAGAUCAAGCGGAAGCGGGUAGCGACCGACUCGGGCCUCCUCGCCUCCCCCAGCCCGCUGCUCAUCACCUUCUUCUGGAUCGCGCUCCAGUACCUGUUCCUCAGGUCGGCCGACCUGUUCACCCUGGCGGGGCUGCCGGAGUUCUUCUUCUCGGAGGCCCCGGCCAGCACGAGGUCCCUGGCAACAGCCCUCUCGUGGGCCUCUUUGGCCAUGGGGUACUACCUGAGCACGGUGAUUGUGCCGAUCGUGAACACCGCGACAGGCCAUUCCGGGCACCGGCCUUGGCUCGAGGGCGCGAGCUUGAAUGGGUACCAUCUGGAGAGGUUCUACUGGCUAAUGUGCGUGCUCAGCGGGCUGAACUUCCUGAACUACCUGUUCUGGGCCAGUAAGUACAAGUACAGAUCCGCGGGGUCUAGCAAGUGA